AUGGAAGAAGGUCAGAGAAAGCCAUCCCAAGAAAGGCUUUCUGGCAGUAAUGAUGAAGAAGGAGAUGAGAAUUCAAAACAUCGCUUCCAUUGUAAAAUCAACCGAAAGCGACUGGUGUCCAAACUAUUUUACCUGUUCUACUUCUCGGCUUUUGGAUCGAUUUGGCCUUAUUUAUCAUUGUACUUUAAGCAAUUGUUCUUAUCACCCCGACAGCUUGGAAUUCUUGUGGCGGUUCGAUGUCUUGUUCAGUUUAUUUUUACACCCGUUUGGGGAGCUCUAGCGGAUCGAUUCAACAAGAGUAAAUUAGUGUUAUUAUUAGGUUUAUCAGCGUGGUUAUUGUCAACAUUUUCUUUGGCCAUAAUACCCAUAGGAGAAACACCAAAAGCCUGUUAUGAAAUGAACUCACUUUCUCUAUCGUUGUUCCAAAAUACUUCCGGCAAGCACAGCAAUAACUUCACAAGCUUAACUACACGCUCAAGACCUAAAAAUCACCCUCAACAUGCUUCGAAACUUUCUUACGAGUCCGUUUUUGGAUACAGCAGAUACCUUCCUUGGGCAUUAAGCUUUUUUUCAAGUGAUUACGAGGCUGAGAAAUCCACAAAGCUCAAGGAAGAUACUUUUCCAGACAUAAAAUAUCAUCCAUCACCUGAGAAAAUCUCAGAUUCGUCGAGAUUGUUCAUUUUAACAGUUUGUAUUAUGGUAGCUGGACAGAUUUUUGCAUCUCCUACCCAGUGCCUCGCAGAUACAGCAACACUUCAGAUUUUAGCAGAGGACAGCCGUGAAUAUGGAAAGCAAGCUUUCUGGGGUUCUGUCGGCUAUGGUUUGACAGCUUUUAUCGUUGGUACUUCUAUAAGCGGGCAGAAAACCCUUAAUCCUUGCAGCAAGGAGAUGGACACCAAUUACAUCCCCUGUUUUUACGUGUUUGCCUGCUACAUGAUAGCAGCUUUGAUAGUAGCAAGUCGAUUUCGAUUUAAACCGGUUGAUGACUCGCAGUGCAAAGAAACUGCAGUUGGCGGUUUAAAAGUUUUAAAAAAUUUUGACUAUGCUUCCUUUUUAUUCAUUGUAUUUUUUUGUGGAACAGCCUUUGGAUUUAUACAGACAUUUCUGUUCUGGCAUCUUCGUGAACUUGGCGCUCAACAAACCCUUUUUGGUUCAAUUAUUUUAGCGAACAGUACUGCAGAAGUGGUAAUGUACUUAUUAUCUGAGCGUCUUCUUCGCAACAUUGGUCACUUCCGGGUCAUAUACCUGGGACUUUUGUGUUAUGCAUUACGUUUCUUUUAUUACUCGUACUGUUCCAGACCAUGGCUGUUCUUGCCCAUAGAAUUCAUCCAAGGAAUAACAACUGCGGCUGUGUGGUCAUCGUUUGUUUCUCAUGUGGGUGCAGAACCUGGAGUGGCCACGACACUUCAAGGGCUUGUUAAUGGAUUUUACACUGGUCUAGGCUACGCUAGUGGCGGGCUUCUGGGAGGUGUCAUGGUGCACCAGUUCGGUACCAGUACGGCCUUUCUUAUCUUUGGAGAGUUUAGCUUAAUAGUUCUUUUUCUGUUUAUUGUAGUUAACAAUGUUCGACAAACAGGCGGAAAGAAGAAGGAUGUUAACUUACAGACUGUUAGCAAAGCGAAUGAUUUUAAAUAG